AUGAGAUACGAGCACAUCGAACGACGCAUCGAGCAGCAGUAUGACGCUCGCCAGUUUAUCCAUGACUUCAUACCCGGGCUCGCCGACAUCAAAGCCGAGCACCGCGACAUCCGCAUCAAGACUCUCCUCGAGUUCCUCAAGGAGCAUUGGGAAGAGUUCAAGCUCAACCAUCAAGCGAUAUGCAUGGCCGUGAGCGCCCUCAACGAUGAAGCAAAAGCCCAGAUAGCGCAGAUCGUCGACCUCAGCAUGGCGGGCGGGUUCCCAAUCCAAAAGUGGAACAGCAACCACCCAGACGUACUGUCCGAUGUGCCUCCCGCAAAGCGACUUGAAGCGCUAUUCAAGCCGAUGCAUGAAAACUACACCGUCCACGCGCUUGGCCUGGCCUGGCAGCCAAGGGCUGACACCUUCCAUUUCACCAUCGAUAUGGCCGUAAACGUUUCUGUCACCAAGAGGAAAAUACUAUCUGCCGUCGUCCAAGUCUUCGAUCCAUUAGGGUUCUUCACCCCAGUGGUCAUGGUUGCAAAAAUAUUCAUUCAAGAAUUGUGGACCCCCAAAUUGGGCUGGGACAACGAGCUUUCCCACGACACCUCUCAGAUAUGGAUCCAGUACCUGAACCAGCUUCGAGAAUUGCAGCAACUUUCCAUUCCGCGGUGGCUUCAACUCCACGCCACCUCAACUUUCGAGAUCCAUGGAUUCUGCGACGCAUCCCAGAAGGCUAUGGCAGCUGUAAUCUACGUGCGAGCGACUGUGACCGGGACCCCUACCAUCACGUUGAUGUGCUCGAAGACCAAGGUUGCACCUCUUAAGCGGCUCACCAUCCCACGCCUCGAGCUCUGUGCAGCCGUGCUCCUCACUCGUCUGCUAAAGCACGUCAUCGCCUCGAUGAAUUGGGACGCGCACCCUACCUACUGCUGGACCGAUUCCGCCAUCACAUACACCUGGGUUAACAAUCAUCCCUCACGUUGGAAGGAGUUCGUCCACAAUCGAGUGACCUUCAUUCAAGAGGUUUCAUCGGCAAUUCAAUGGCGCUUCGUUCCUGGAAGACUAAAUCCAGCGGAUUGUGCUACCCGCGGCCUAACGAUGGCAGAACUUUUCAGCCACACGCUGUGGUGGAACGGACCUUCAUACCUGCUGCAGGCCCCGGAUUGCUGGUCGAGUGACGUGCAAGCCGACUUCACGCAUGAGAUGUUAACAGAGCGAUCCACAAAAGUCUACGUAGUCACGACGAUACCGAAGCCGCUGCUUAAUAAUCUCUUCAACAGAGCUUCCUCACUCACACGACUCAUCCGAUCCACGGUGGUAUUUGAUCGAGCCGUUGCAAGCUUUAAGAAACAGCCGUCAGCCUCACUGAUGAUCAACCCCAUCUCACCUGGCGACCUGGAGGAAGCUCGACUCUAUUGGACAAGUCAUGUUCAAGGACAAGUAUUCUGGCUGGAAAUUUAG